UAGCCAGAGGAAUACAGACUCUCAUCUCAAUCAGGCGAUAUGGAAUCUCUCGCAGUGGCUACGAGACGCUCCCUUCCUCGAAGGACUGUCCGCCUAUCCUGCCUUCUUCGACAUUCUCUACCUAUCUCCAAGACAUCUGCGCUUUCUCCUCGACCGAUAUUACUUCGGCAGCAUGCCUUUCUCCCGACGCACCCUCGGCUAGAAGCCCACCUGUCUGCUCCAACUAAAAAUGGAGAUAGUUCUGUAGAAGGUUUAGAUCGCACCGCCGUGCGACAACAGUAUCCAUUGUCGGGUUAUUAUCUCGACAUUCUCAAUACCCGCUCUCCUUACUCGGACCUAGCAACUUCCUCGCGACCCGUUGUCGAACCUACAAUCAUGACGGAAGAUAAACCGUCGCCAUCAUCGACCGUUCAGCCACAGUCACCACAGGAUAGAAUGGCCAUUGUUUUUGGGAGCCGUCUCGCCUCGCCGGGGUACCGUUCCUCGCGCUUGCCUCCAGAGUCGACUUGGAAGACCGUGAAUGGAGUUGCGAUCCCGCCGCGACCAGAGGAACCUGAUAACUGCUGCAUGAGUGGCUGUGUGCACUGCGUGUGGGAUGACUAUCGUGAAGCGGUGGAAGAAUGGGCGGCAAGGCUUGAAGAAGCCAGAGCAAAAGUACACCCAAGCAUAGAGACGGACAUGCGUAGCGGCCGGAGACCAGAGGUUGCCAGUGCUAGUCUUUCCAUGGAUGACGAUGGUGGUGGUAGUGAGACGAAUUGGGCUCCCCCGAGCUCAGAAGAUGGUCUUUUUGCAGAUAUUCCAGUUGGCAUCCGGGAAUUCAUGAAAACGGAGAAGAGACUUCGUCAAAAGCACAGAGAGAAAGCGUCCGCUUGAACCCAGUGACCUUUUUCUGGAAUCCUUGUUCUUAUACCCUGUUCAGAUAUGGUGCUUUUCCUUGAAAGACUCGUUGAUAGAAUUCUAUAUAGAUGGCAUGGCGUGUGUAUAUAUCAUAUCGACUUGGUCUUAGACAGAGCAUAUGUUUGCAAUGACUAAUGCAGUAAUUCUUCCGAAGACUAAUUGUCUUUUCAGAUCUAUACAAUUCUGGAUCACGGCAGAUUUAGCAGUUGAUUAUAGGAUAA